ACGUUUUAGCCUCUUGCUUUAUAUGCCAAUACAGAUAUUAACGACCGGGAAAGGUAUUUGAGCUUUAAAAUGGUUGGCGUUUUGGCGCCAAAACCAAAAGAGAGUGGUUAAGAAAUGCAGGCAGUGAAAGAGAGGAGAAGGAAGAAGAAUGAACUCAAAAGGGCCUUCUUCCAACGCGAUCAGGGGAUUUGGGCAGCGCUCCAUUUCCUCUUCCUCAUCUUUCGCCUUUCGCUCUCAGAGUGCGGAUGCAAAUUCCAAAGAAUCGAAGGGGGAUGUGCAAGCCAAAUCAUCCAAGAAGAAUUCCUACAUAUCCCUCUCUGAAUUUCUAGACCGGAAGCUCGAGAAGACUUCCAAGCCGGCUAAAACAGUUCAGGGCAAGCAGAGCCCGUUUUCUUCGCUGGUUGGAGGUGGAAAUGAUGCCAAUGGGUCCACCGCUGAACGGGUUGAGGUCAGAAAAGGGGGAGAUGCAGAUAAUGGUUUUCUCGGUGAAGCUGUGUUUGAACAGUUCAAGUGUGCUAGAAAAGAUAAAGAAGAUUGUGAAGAUUCAUGUAAGGGAGGUGAGGUUGUCGGAUCUACAACGAUUGAUGAGCAAGAAUCGAGAAAAAGAAAAAACCCAUUUGAGUUUUCUUCUGAAGACAAUAAGCAACGUGGCAAUCGAAGAUAUUUGGUAGUUCUUGGCGAUGAACCAAAACCCAAGCAAAAGAGGAGAGAACAGAGUUUCAUCAGGAAUGAGAAAUCAAGUCAUCUGUUUAAUCACUAUGCAAAUGGAAGUGGCUGGUGGGACUGCAAUAUGGAGGGCGUCGACAGUGAAGUAGGUUGUCGGGAAAUAUGGGAAGGCAUGGGCUCCACCACAUUGGGAGGACUGGAAUGGCAUUGAUUGGAAUCAUUGGACCAUAACAUUGUUCCUAAAUUCACUACAAGUUCAUAUUUCUUGAGUCCAAAACCUUAUUUUCUUGUGGGGUUAUAUUCAAAUAUGUAUAAGAAAAAAAUGGUUGAAAACAAAGAAAUCCAGAAACUUGAUAAAUGAUAUUGAUAUUUUCUAGUUA